AUGCCGAAGAAAAGUUACGUGUUGGUUUUAAAGGUCUCGCUCACUGCCUUGGCUGUACUAUCUUUCUAUGCAUUGUCCCUAUUACAACUAGGCGGCUUGUCGCCUGGACCAGCCCCCUCUAUCGAUAAUUCAUACACUCCGAAACCAUCGUCAUUCGAUAUCGUGAUAAGCGCGUACACAGAGAGACCCGAGUCAGUCGCACGCAUGCUGCACGCUAUCAAAUCAACAUCUUACUUAUCUUCAAUUGAUCCCCGCGUUCUGAUCUACACCAAAGACCCCACUGUAUCCUUAUCCAUGUUGAAGAAUUCCACAGGCGCUGAUGUCGUUAAACGUCUACCCAAUCUUGGGAGGGAGGGAGGGACGUAUCUCAAUCACAUUGUUAACGAAUGGGACCAUCUCGCGGCUCAAACCAUGUUCAUUCAAGCUCAUGCUCAUAAUAUUCGGGAGCUUGUACCUCGAAUCAACUCAUACUUAGUGCCGCAAACAGGAAUGUUGAGUCUCGGAUUUUCUGAAGCCACUUGCUCAUGCCACAAUUGUGGUGACAGGUUUGGAUGGAAAGAUGACUGGUCUGUGGUCCCAAGUCUAUAUGAACGUAUCUACGACUCGAGUUGUUCCGAUUCCACCGCGGUUCUUCUAUCAUACAAGGGUCAAUUUGUCGCAUCAGCCAAACGGAUUCGUGGCAUUAGUCGAGGAAUUUAUGAGGACUUACUGUCCACGAUAACAAGUGAAAGUGGAUGGAGUCAUGAUCCACGGUUUGUGAACAAAAAUGAUUCGCCUGACAAUCCUUCGUUUGGAUUUGCAGUCGAGAGAAUAUGGGGUCUACUCAUGCAAUGUGCGACCGAUGACCGAGUUUCAACAAAGUGCACCGGAAUACAUUGCGGCCAAUGGUAUUUUCAACACGGAUUCAUGGGUUGGGAUAUAGCAUGA